AUGUUACAUGACUCGAGUGUCACAUCAGAUGGCAAGAGCUCACAGGAGUUAUGUAUCGUUCGGGCCGCCGUUUUGAUCAUUGGCGCCGGACAAGAUCCGAAACGAACCUUUCUAAAAAUGCGUUCGCAACCCAUUGGGGAUAAACACUCAUUUGGACUCAUUUUGAACCCGGAAGAGCUGCGCAGAAUGUGUGAACCGAUCGUUUCACUACAGGCUGAUCUGGCAACAUCAAAGCCUCCAUGA